AACUUGGAAACAAUGGACACUGCCUAGCUUACUUCAGCGCUGCUUCAGCAGUCCAAUAUUGAUCAAAGUCUCUCCUCCUAGUCAAGCCUCGACACACGAUGGCGACUGCAGAUACCCAAUGGAUGCCUACAACAGGUCGACACUCAGUAGCCAUAGGAACUUCAUUGAGGCGUGCACUCAAAGCCCGCAAGGGCGUAGCUCCACCCAAGCGCUCUAAUCUCCCCGACAAGGACUUCUAUUCCUUCAGGUAUAAUUUCAAGCCAGAGUCAAUAGAACCCAGCAGGUCUGGAACGGUUGAAGUCAAACGCGGGAAAGACUCGACUAGCGUUUCUCUAGAACGCCCCAGCACUCAGGCAGGCGAAAACCAUCUUUUCAAGGGAGCUGAACAGCCGGUAAAGGAGUAUGAUUGUGUCCUAAUUUAUGAUGAGGAAUUGGGAACAUUCACUCUUGAAAAGAUAGAAUGUUUCAUGGGCUUUACAUACGACAAGAAAGUCUCUUCUUCCAGCGUUGCCCGGAAGUCUCCCUUAGCAACAACUCCUCCCUCAGGACAGAUUAAAGACACGAAAGAUCUGGAGAAAGAACUAGAACGUGAUCUUUUAGGCUCAGAUGCUGAUGGUGAGGCCGUGGAUGACUUCGAUGACGUUUUGGCGAAAGUCACGGGGGAAAGACGAGAGGAGGAAGAGGAAGAGGAGGGUGAGGAGAUCGAAAUACCUCCUCGCAAAGCUCCUUCGCCACCUCCAAAACCAAAAGUGUCCCGCCCUGUCGCUCCACCUCCAAGAAAGCACGAGUCUGAACCAAAACCCAAACCCAAACCCAAAGAAGUGCCGAAAGCGAAGAGAGAAAUCAAUACGUAUGGAGGAGAUGAUUUCGACUUGGAAGAAGUUCUCGAUUUUGGUGUCCCCGCUCGCCCUUCAAAACGUCCGAAGCCGUCUGUCUCAAUAGGGCUAGCCUUGCCAGGGACAACGCCUUCUUUCGUGCCUCCUGCUCCUCCCACUAAGCCUGCAGCAGAAUCGGACUCUGAAGAAGACUGGGAUGAAGUCACCCACAAUGAUCCAGUGGAAGAAGAAAUAGAUCUUGACGCCUUCGGGCGGGAGAUGGAAGCAGAACUUGAGGAAUCUGACGAUGACAUAUUAGCGGCAGCAAUGUCGCCAGAUCUUGAACCAAUGACAAAUGUCUCUGGACGACCCAUAUCAUUAAAUCAAUUCGCAGGCGGUCAACUCAGUGCGGAUGAAGAUGAUACGUCAUCCAGUGAGGAUAGCGACGAAGAUUGAUUAAUCCCUUUCCUUGCACUACGUUCUAUCGUUGUACACUUUUUGCCCUAUCGAUAUCGUCCACUUCUACAUAUCAAUAUUCUCUAA